AUGAAAAUUUCAAUGAUUUUAUUUGUCUUUUUUAUUUUUAUAGAAGUAAAACCAUCAUUAAAAAAUGAUCUUGAACCACAAACAAUAAAUGUUGGUGAUGAACUUGUUUAUUGUCUGGCGGUUGAUAGUCGACCAACAUCGACUAUGAAAUUUUAUAAAGAUGGAAAUGAAGUCGGUCCAGUUACUAUCGAAAAGUCGCCGAAACCUGGUGAUAUAACUGUUAAUGCUGUUCUUCGUAUUCCAAAUGUUAUGAUCAAUGAUCAAGGUGAAUAUCAAGCGUUGAUUGAAAAUCCUACGGGAGUUGUUAAAACUAAAAAAGCAAAAGUAACUGUUCAACAAGUUCCAAUUUUUCUAAACGCUCCUGAAGAUGUUUCGGUUAAUCAAGGUAAAGAUGUUACUUAUGAAGUUCAACUUUCGGCAUUUCCAACACCGAAAAUAACUUAA